AUGGCCGUCGUCAAGGUCGCAAACAAGUCUAUAGACGUAGCCCGUCACCUCAUUCCCAAGGCGCGUGCUGCCUCAACAUCAGCGUUGAUUGCGCAGACAGCCUCAAGUCCUAACAUGCCCCCAGGCUUCACAGCCAAGGUCGGAAGGCUAGAGACUUUUAUCCUGCCUGAAAAGGUUUCAGGGUCUGUGUCCGACAAGGCCAUCGCAGAUGCCAUGAUUGGCGCCUGGCGCAGGGACGGCAUUCUGCAGAUUGGCAUGUCCAAGUCACAGCAGAGACUCUACCAAGCCGCCAACGCAGCAAGCAGGCGCUUCUUCGCUCAGCCACAUGCGUCGAAACAGGCCUGUGUAGACGACAUGAGCUACUCAGGAUACAUUGCCUCCGGUGAGGAGAUCACUGACGGAAUUGCCGACUACUCAGAGAUCUUCACCGUGACCAAGGAUCUUCCACACACUGACCAGAGAGUCGCUCAAGGCUGGCCUUGCCAUGGCCCUUGCCCCUGGCUGGAUCAGGAUAUGAAAGCCAUCAUGAGCAAUUACAUGGAUGACUUGGCUGUAUCAGGAGAGAAACUCCUUCAGCUGAUCGAAAUGGGACUGGAUGUCCCCACAGGAUCUCUUACGAGAUACACAAAGGAUGGGUGGCACCACAUGCGUGUCCUAAGGUUUCCGCAGAACAAUAGAACCAAUGGCAAAGGCAAAAAGGGACGAGGUAUUGGCUCCCACACAGACUACGGCUUGCUUGUCAUUGCGGCUCAGGAUGACGUUGGAGGACUUUUUGUGCGGCCACCUCAUGAAAAUGAACAGUUCUCCAAUUGGGAAAAGAGUUCAGCUGGACUACGGGAAAAUGAGGCAGGAUGGGUGUAUGUGCCUCCCGUUGAUGGGACGUUUACAGUCUUUCCAGGUGAUAUGAUGCAGUACAUGACCAAUAAUCUUCUGCAGUCAACACCACAUAAAGUUGGGCUCAACGUUCGUGAACGAUUCGCAUUUGCGUACUUUCAUGAGCCCAACUUUCGUUCCGUAGUACGGCCGCUGCCAGGUUACAAUGCUGGACAAUCGCCAAUCGAGGGAAUCCAUUACGGCACGCAUUUCACCAACAUGUUUCUAAGGAAUUAUCCCGACCGCGUCACCACCGCUCGGCUUCGAGAGGAGGGCCGAUAUCAGCUACUUGGGUUGGAGGAGCUGCGGGAUGAUGAUGGCGUACUAUGA